AUGAUCUUCACAGGAAUGCCGCCAACAUCACCAGUAUCGCCACAAACGCCGCACACUCCCAGCCCGCUUAUUCUCCCGAACAUCUCUCGCAUGCCAUCAACAUCGAGCACGGGAACAACGCCUAUGCUCCCAGUGCCGCCUCCGAUGCCCAGUGCGCGCCUCAAUGCGCCUCGCCCGCCCAUGCCACGACUCGUAUCAGACCCGGCUCGCCCGCCACCACCUUACCAACGCGUUGACACGCCCGAUCCAUUCGAUGACAGCGUGCCCGUCCGCGCUCCCGCUCCAUCUGUGCCCCACUCUUCCCUCCAUGUCGAACAAGCUAUCCACAAUCAAGAUCACGAAGAAGAGUCGGAUCGUGGACCAGACAUUGACCGCCACCCCGACUUCUGGUUCAUAGACGGGAGCGCGGUUCUGCUCUGCGGGCGCACCGGCUUUCGCGUGCAUGCAGGCGUCCUGCGCAUGCACUGCGCCGCUUUCCGCGAGCUGUUGCCGGUUCGCCUCCCCUCCCAGACAUCGACGAGGGUAUCGUCCCCUCGAUCUGCGGCGAGUUCGAACGGUGCAGGCAGCUUCAGGAUGGGUCAUACGGCCAGGACGCAGUCGAAGGCCGAGAUGAUGAUGGAGGUUCUCACCGCUGGUUCGCCUCCGAGGCGAGUUCGGAGGGAGGAGCCACAAGAUGAGACGAUCGAGGGGUGUCCUGUGCUGCACCUCUCAGAUGCACCGGAUGAUGUGGUACUAUUCCUGCGAGCACUAUAUGAUCGAUCAUUCCUGCAAGACAAGCGUCUCUCCUCGCUUUUCACUAUCGGUGCCGUCCUCGCCCUCGCAAGAGCGUACGGCGCCCACAGCCUCCUAACCGAACUCUCGCGCUAUCUCCGCACCAUAUACCCAUCAUCCCUCGACGCAUACACGGCACUCUACUGCCCACACCCCUAUCUUUCCCGCGGACGGGAGCACGAUACAAGCUUCGUUGUCGCGCAUGCAUUCCCGCGUGAUGCACACCCGCUCUUAGCGCUCGAAAUCGCCGCUCGCGCCCGUCUUCCCGCCAUCGCGCCUACUGCGCUUCUGCGCGCCGCACGCGUCCCUCUGAGCGAGGUCUUCGAUGGGUUCGCCCUGGACGACGGGAGGCGCGUACGUGCAGGACAGGAUACGGUCCGCAGGGUGAUCGAGUUCCGGGAGAAGCUCAACGCGCUCGUCGAAGAUGCUCUGCGCAGGAGCACGUUCGAACCCAGGACGUGCGAGGCGUGUGACGGGAUAGGCGCUGAGAACGUGAGGUUGUUUGAGGCUGCUGUACGUGAGAAAGGAUUGGAGGCUGGGGCGAGUCAUAGUGUGAGAAGUAUGAUCGACUCUGGGGACCAUGAUAUGUGUGGUCAGUGCGCGGAUACGGUUGAGGAAUGGGAGGAGGGCGUACGCGGUAGGGUAUGGAGGGGUGUACCGAUCGCUGCUGGGGAGGCUGGAGGAUGGGGCGCGAUUGAGAGAGCAGCUGAAGAUUGA